ACAGUCUACUCUAGAACUGAAGCACUGAACACAAAAACGCAGACGCGCGCACACGGACACUUCAGCUGCAGGUAGCCCACAUCGCCGGUCGCCAUGCUCGCCUACCUCCUCCACGCCCCCACCGCCUCCCCUUACCCCCUCUCCCUCCGCUCGCCGGCGGCGGCCGCGAAGACCCCCUUCCUCCCCUCCCUCGUCCGCACUCCCCCUCCGAGGCGCGCCGCCGCGUUCUCCGCGGCCGCCGCGGUCCCCAUCGCGGCGUCGCUGCUCGAGGGCCCCGUGCUGGUCUGGGCCGGCCGGCUCUGCCUCUACUACGCGCUCCUCCAGGUCGGGCUCGCCGGCUCGCCGCGCAACCCCUUCCUCUCCCACGAGAUCGGCGGCGAGGACGGCGCCGGGGGCAGCGACCUAGGGUUCUCCAAGUGGGCAGAGAAGCUCCGUGGCGGCGCCUCAGGUGAAAACGAAGCUCAGGAUAAGAGGAAGCUAGUUAGCAAAUGGAGGCCAACGACCAAAGGCACACUGAAGAGAACUUACCGAGUUCGAUCAACGGAAGAAGGCAGGCGGCUUCUUAAAGAGAUUGCUUCAGUUCUGUCCCAAGAUGACCACUUUGUGGAUGCUUCCACUCACAAGGGUUGCCAAAUAAGGAGGGAAAGUGCUCAUGGAGAGAGCGUGUGCUGCUACAACGUAAGAGCUUUGUUCGAUGAGCUUCCUACUCCUCACCUGGUUCUGGAGGUUACACCUUUUCCUGCUGGAUCUCUUACUGAUAAUGACUACCGCAAGGCCGAGAGGCUUGAGAUGGUGCUGAGGUUGAGUGCUUCCAUUUAAAACUAGAGACUGAUUUUCCAUUUUCCCCUUCAUACUUUUUGCCCAAGUUGUAAAUUGUCUACGUGUGGGGCUGUAAAUUGAUGCAGUUGGCUAAGAACUACUUGUAAAACCCGAGUUCUGCUCAGCUUUUCUAACAAUUUGAGCUCAAGAACACGUUCUAUA